AUGGCGCAGGCGAGCGGAUGCGAGCUGAUGGACUUUGUAUCGGUGUUGCCGGUGCCGCCGCAGACGGAGAGGCGCCGGGGUGUUCUUCGUUUUGUGGGGUCAACAGACUUUGCUCCUGGUUUGUGGAUGGGCAUUGAAUUGUUUGGCACCAUCGGCCGCAACGAUGGCAGUGUGAUGGGAAAGUCGUAUUUUUCGUGUCCAGCAGGGCAGGGGGUGUUUGUUCGGCCGGAGCUUGUUGUGCCGUACAUGUCGGAGGGGGAAGGGCCUAGCGGCACGGUGCGUAAAGGCGAUGAGUUUUUGGCGGUGGUGGAGCCGCUGCGCGCGGACUUGACACGAAUGCAGGAGGAGUUACAACAAAGAGAGGCAGCGCUGCGGGACGCGAGGGAAGAACUUCGCAACGUCAUGGCACUGCAUGAUGCGAAAAGCGUUGAACUUGAAAGGGAGCGGGAGGAAAAGUCACGGAUGAUAAUGUUGACCAUGACGGCAUGCAGAAAUAAUGUUACAGCGACGACGCAGACGGAUGAAGACAAGGCGGUUGAGGUAAAAGAUUUGGAAAUCCACCGUCUGCAGCAGCAGUGUGCGGACCUGAGGGACCUUUGUGAGCUUCAAGAGGAUGAGAUCCACCGGCAAAGAGAGCACGCUGACGAUCUCGCUCAAAUUGUGGAGAAUUUGCGCCGCGAGCACGAGGAAGAACGGGUGCGGAUGGUGGAGAAGAUUCGGUCGCUAGAGGAGGAGAUCACUCAACGGCAAAAGGCCACCGCUGAAGACUCCGCUAAGGCAGAUGUGGAAGACAUGCAUCUACAUGCUUUUCAGCAGCAACAGGAGAAGGAGGCGUUGCGGAUUCUUAAGGAGCGAUAUGAGCAACUUUAUGCUGAGCGGGAGAGUGAACGUCACGAGCAGGAGGCAAAGUGGAAGCGGGCAACAGCGGAGUACGAAGAAGCUCUCACACAGCAACGGGAAUACAAGAAUCGUCUUCUUAAUGAAAUUCGUCAGCUUCAGCAUGAGAUUAAAGAUAUGCGUCACAGUCGCGAGCGUGAACGGGUAUUGCAGGUGCCAUUGAGUACGUUGGAGCGAGAUGAGUAUGAGUCCCAAAUAUAUGGACUACAGUGGGAACUCAUGGGGGUCCAUGAAGAAAUGUUUUCAAAGCGCUAUGAUCACUUCUUGGCACCUGUUUCAAGUUGGAAUUUACCAGCGGAUGUCAUGAGGGCACUGAGCGAGGAAAUCAUGUCGUUAGAACGAGUUUUGCCAUUCACAACACCAGAAAAGUGUCAACAGUCCCGCAUGGUACUCUUCCAAAUGCACCCACGCGACGCUGAAGGCGGAACCAUAGCCGCUGCGCCCCUGUAA